UGAAGCUCGUUCCUCCAUCUCUUCGAGGAUCAGGAAGUGGACAGCAGCACGGCGUUGCACGCAGCCGCACUGCAUGCUUAUCAAUUUACAGAAAUUAUAAUGGGUUGUUAUGGUCUGUACGGCGUUUGAGCUGCAACUGCAAGUACCGUAGUGCAACUGCCAUACUACUAUAAAGUAGUAAAGACUAUAGAAUACGACACAGUCAGAGCCUCCAUGGUGUGUUUCUAGCGCAACAACUCCAAGACAAGAAACAUCAUGGAAGUGUUGUUGGACUUUGAAGAGUGUCUGCAAGACUCCCCUGUGUUCAGGUUGGCUGUGGAUCAGUUUGAAUCGGAUGCUGCUGUUCUGGAGCUGCAAAUAAAUAAGGUACAGAAGUGCUGCUCUAACAUGGUGGAGGCGGGACAAGUGUACAGCACAGCCAACCAGCUGUUUGUUUCCAGUCUGGCAGAGCUUUCAGGGCUCCACAAGAAGGAAGAUUCAAUAGCGAAUUGUCUGAGGCAAUUUGACCAGGGCCUGAAUGAGAUGGUAAACUUCCACACAAUUCUGUUGGAUCAGACCCAGAGAGCCAUCAACCACCAGCUUACCAGCCUCUUAAACCAGUUUUUCCCGGCCCUGGGCGAGAUCCGGAGGGAGUUUGUGCGGAUCGGAGACGACCUUGAGACGGCGGCUCUGAAAAAUGCCCAGGUGUCUCGCCACAAAGAGUCAGACACAGAGCGCGCUAGCCACCUGCUGAUAGCCACUCGCAAAUGCUACCAGCACUUUGCUCUGGACUACUGCCUGCAGCUCAACAAUUUCAAGAUUCAGCAGAAGGUGGACAUCCUCAAUUCUGUGUUCUCCUACUUCCAUGCCCAGUACACCUUCUUCCACCAGGGCUUCGACCUCCUCAAAGACCUUGAGCCGACAAUGAAAACCAUGGCAACGCAGCUGGCCCAGCUCUCUGCCGACUGCACGGUCAAACGGAAAGAUCUGGAAAAACAUCACCUUCUAGUGCAGCAGAGAAUGGCGGGACCCAUCGGUUCUGAGCACCUUACGGACCGCUGGAAUCUUCUGGUGAAGGAAGAGAUUGUGACUGAUGAGGACAAACACAUGGACAUUAAAAUGGAGGACCUUUCUCUCCAUGCAAAUUCUCAAUGUGAUGAACAGGACCAGUUUGAGCAGAAUGAUGCUCCUCCACAGGCGGAAGACUUGAUUUCUGAAAAUCCCAACGAACAGUUGAAUAUUGCACCAGAUGAGGAGGUUGAAGACAUGGAUUAUGGCUGUUUACCAGAACAGACCAAGGAAUACUCUGGAGACGACUGUGUUCCCGAACAGACCAAGGAAAACUCUGCAGACGACUGUGUUCUAGAGCUGCCAGAGAAAGAGAUGGGGGAUGACUGUGUUCUAGAGCUGCCAGAGAAAGAGUUGGGGGAUGACUGUGUUCUAGAGCUGCCAGAGAAAAAGAUGGGGGAUGACUGUGUUCUAGAGCUGUCAGAGAAAGACUUGGGGGAUGACUGUUUUCUAGAGCUGUCAGAGAAAGAGUUGGGAGAUGACUGUUUUCUAGAGCUGUUGGAGAAAGAGUUGGGGGAUGACUGUUUUCCAGAGCAGACAGAGAAAAACUCUGGCGAUGACUUUUUUCUAGAGCAGACAGAGGAAAACGCUGGAGUGGACAUUUUUCCAGAGCAGUCAGAGAAAGACUUUGGAGAUGUCCGUGUUCCAGAGCAGACAAAGGAAGACUCAGGAGAGGACUUUUUUCUAAAGCAGGCCGAGGAAAACUCUGUAGAUGACUGUGAUCCAGAGCAGACAGAGGAAGUCUCAGGAGAUGACUCUGUCCUAAAGCAGACAGAGAAAAACUCUGGAGUUGACUGUUUUCCAGAGCAGUCAGAGAAGGACUUGGGAGAUGUCCGUGUUCCAGAGCAGACGGAGGAAGAUUCAGGAGACGACUUUUUUCAAGAGCUGUCAGAGGAAGACUCAGGAGAUGAAUAUGUUCCACGGCAGACAGAUGAAGACUCAGGAGAUGAUAGUGAUCCAGAGCAGUCAGAGGAAGACUCAGGAGACGAUUGUAUUCCAAAGCAGACUGAGGAAGACUGUGUUUCAGAGCAGACGGACAAGCACUCGAAAAGUGUUCCAGAGGCUACAAUGGGAAAUGGGGGAUGGAAAGAGCGCAGGAGAUCUACCAGAGCAUCAAAACAAAAGGCACUUGAUGAACUGGGCAGGUCAACUGUGGCCAUGGAUACCAAAAAGAACCCCAAGAAACCAGGGGCCGGUGGAGAAGGUCCAAACACAAGCCAGACCGACAUCGAAAGUGAGAAUGAGAAUGUGGUCAUCCACUCCUCGGUGAAGAUUAAUGGAAGACGCAAGUCGAAGCUUCAAUACUGCUUGUUCUGCAUGAAGCCAGUUGCAAAGAUCUCCAGACACCUGAAGCAUACACACAAGUAUUUACCAGAGGUGGUUGACGCAUUUGGAUUCCCCAAGUGCUCCAAGGAGAGAAGGAAACGUCUUAAUUUUCUUCGCAUCCAAGGGAACUUCAAGCACAACACAGCAGUUCUGAAGUCAGGGAAGGGAGAACUAGUUCCUUCCAGGCGACCCAAGGGGGCGUCGAAACCGGAGGACUUCAAGCACUGUGGGUACUGCAAGGUGUUAUUUCAAAAGAACCGCCUCUGGCACCAUUCAAAGUCCUGUACAUUAAAGCCCACUUCCAUCACUACUAGCCCUAGAAACAUUGAAUCAAUUGGUUGUGUCACACCACACAUCACCAGGAAGGUCUGGAGAAUGGUCAACGCAAUGCCUGUCGAUGACAUCACAGCAGCGAUUCGGAAAGACAGAGUCAUCAUUCAGGUGGGUGAACAGUUGCUGGUGAAAUGCAGGAACUACCUGAAAGGGAGGAAGGUGGCCAUCGAGAAGAUGCGAGAACUGGGCGGGCUGCUGACUACUGCAAAGAAAGUCUCGUCAUUCAGGAAUAUGGAGGAUUUCAUUAACGCACAGAAAUACAUGGAGUUGGUUGAUUGUGUAAAGGCAACAUGUGAGUACAACAGUGUCACAGGUUCCUAUGGUAAGCGGGCUCUAAUUGAUAAGCUUGGAAAGGACUUGAUAAUGGUCAGCAGAAUGUUAAAGUCUAAAGCCCUCGCUGCCAAUGACAUGGACUCGGUAGACAAGGCCAGGAGCUUCCAAGAUGUCCACAAGGAGAGGUGGAGGGAUUUGGUCUUCUCUGCAGCCCCCCCCCAAACUGUUGGAAAGUUCACUGAAGAUGUCCAAAGACUGCAUCUAUUUCUGGGAGAAAAACACGAUGAAGGUAUGUGCGAGCUGCUCCGAGAGCCUUCCCCGGAGUCGUGGACUGCGCUGGUGAAGGUGUGCUUAACCCAGGUCUUCCUCUUCAACUUCCAGCACGAGCACGUCGUGUCCAGCCUCACCGUGUCUGACUUCCUGUCCAGCGAAGCCACCUGCUGGAGCCCAGAUCACUCCCUCACGGAUGUCCAAAAAAUAUUAAGCAGAAACUUUGCAAAAAUAGUUGUCAAGAAGAGUGACGUAAGUCCAGCUUCAGUUCUGCUUACUCCGAAGAUGCUUUGCACACUCAAUUUGAUUGUGGAGAAGCGGGGGGAGUGUGGAGUGGUCAAGGAGAACCAAUACUUGUUUGGCCAACCGUCUGAAUUGUCUCAUUAUCACUGCUCGGAGUGUCUCAUAGACUUUGCCAAGGUUUGUGGGACGAGGAGCCCAACAGUCUUGAUGGACACCGAGCUCCGGUCACACACUGCAAUUCUCUCCACAGUCCUCAAUCUGUGCACUACUGACACGGGGCUCCUUGCUGAGCUGGUGGGCCAUGACCUCGCUACCCCUCCAGGAUACUACUGUCCCCCACUGAAGACAUGCCAGCUUGCCAGAAUCGCAGAGGUUCUGCUCGCGCGUGAAGCUGGAGCCACAGGACAAUUCCAAGGAAAAUGUCUUGAUGCGAUCGAAGUGAACCUCCGAGAGAAGGUCUUCUUGGGACGAAUACGACGCAGGUUGGCGUAUGGUGUCACUGAAUGUGGGAGCGCGGAAGAUGAAGUGAUUCCAAACGAAGCUAAGAAAUGUGAACGUCCAAAAAACAUCCCAGAUCCAAGGCGGCGCAAGUGGAGGCAGGAGGAGGUCCAGGCUGUGGAGAGACACAUGAUGGCUCUCAUCACUUCGGGUCGGGUCCCGGGUUGUCGCGACUGUUACAAGUGUCUGUCGGCCGAACCCACGGCCCUGGGUCACAGGGACUGGAAGAGCAUCAAAUACUAUGUCUAUAACCGGAUCAGGGCUUUAAAGAGGGAUGAGAGGACGUCACCGAAGUAACUCUGGAAGCCUUUAUAUCUGUUUCUAUACAUGGGACCCCAACUGCCGGAAUAUCCAUUCUGUUAUCUUUUGGUUACGUUUGUAUGUUUUGACCUCUGAGACAAAUGUAACCCUUAAUAUGUAUAUAAAGAAGUUUUUUUACCUAAUAAACCCUGUCUUUUUGAUUAUUACGUCUGCUUUUCAAAAAUGGAAGAAUAACGGAGAUGAUUGAAAGAUGAAACAAGCAAAAUAAAUGGCGUCAAACUUGUAUUGUCUUCGUCAAACUCUUGGUGAAUUAAAGAGAUCUCAUUACUGUUCUGGCUGCUCUUGCUGCUCCACAGCACAGCUCUGAUUUCCUUCUCCGGCCUAACAGACCACCUCCUCCACCCAACCAGACCUCUGACCUCCUGUGCCGAGUGUGUGACUUUCUCAAUGUUCCCCUCUUGUUGUAUUACCCGUCUGUUGAGCUGUAAUCUAGGAGAGGUAGAGGAAGGUCCAGUGAGGGGCAAGGCCCCCUUGCACACCUAGUGGUGGUUCCUGGAACAGCAACGUCCUCGACCAAUGGCUAACGGCUUUGUGUAUG